AUGUGGGUGCUGGUCGAGUCGACGACUGCUGGCGCGCGCGGGACCGCUGUGGCUCCGCCCGCCGGAUCGGUGCUGCGAGGGUCUGUCGGCCUCAUGCCGCUGGAGUACGCCGGGCGAGAGGCCGCGUCGGACGCUCGUCUGAUGGGGAUCCUGCCGAACCCUGCUGUUCCAGGCGGGAGGCUGCUGCGGCAGUGGCGCGACGGGGGCCCAGCGGUGGUGGCCCGCCAUUCGCUGGAGAUGAGCACUUCAAGGGCAUGCCUUGCGGACGCCAACGUGAUCUAUUUCCACUGCCACGUCCUGAUCAACAGCGUCAGGUCCGUUCAGAGGCGAACAGCUUCGCUUGCGCACGUUCUGUGGCCCGUCGUGGUCUUCGACGGGGAGCUCCGAGUUCUCAGCGACUACGCCGGCGAGAGUGCCACGGUCGCUCCGUUCAGCUUUGAUAACAUCAACAGCCUCUCGCUCCCGGACGAGGGUUUCACGCCGGUGGCGCUGGGCACGCUGGGAGGAGGAGCUGGCCGCAAGAUAGUUGAACGGCUUCAUGAUAUGAUGCUGUCCCAGUCCGAGGGUCGGGCUCGGAUUGAGUCCGACGGUCCUCGGAAGCUUUACAUUGACCCGGCGCUCAGGAACCCCAAGCUGUACAUCCAGCUGCUGCGGAUCCUCGAGCGCCGGAACCUCAUGGACUACUACGCUGACAAGGCGUGCAGCGUGGGUGUGUUCUUCGUUUAUAAGAAGUCGGGGAAGCUGCGGCUCAUCCUGGACGGCAGGCAUGCGUCCCUGCACUUCCGGGCCCCCGACAAGGUGGCCCUUGCGUCUGGCGCCAGCUUCGCUGGCCUUCACGUGGACAGCGGGAAGCCCAUCGCCGUGGCCGAGGUGGACCUGGCCGACGCCUUCUACACGAUGCUGCUGCCGCCGGGGUUCCGACGGUACUUUGCGCUGCCGAGCUGCCGCGCGGGCCUGCUGGGGCUUGACUGCACCUCGGACGGGCGCCCUCUCAGCGGGACGGACCUGGUCUACCCAUGCUUCCGGUGCCCGCCGAUGGGCUGCUCCUUCAGCCUCUGGAUCUGCCAGGCGAUGUUGGAGGCGACCGCGCUGCAGGUGCCCCAGCUGACCGUGGCCAACCGCUUCGUGGACAGGCGUCCUGUGCCGGGUGUCACCAGCGACGUGAUCCACACCGAGUACGUGGACAACGCGCUGAGCCUCUCGACCGACCCGUCGGUGGCGUCCGCGGCUGCCGCUGCUGUCGACUCUCGGCUCCGGGCGGCUGGCCUACCAACCCGCGGGGUUGAGUGCAGUUUCGGCUCUGCCGCGCUGGGCUGGCAGUUCGACGAGAAGUUCCCGAUCAUCGGACUGAACCCGGCGCUGCGGUGGAAGCUACGGCUGGCCUGCCUGGAGCUGUGCCGGAAGGGCUUUGCUUCGGGCAAGACGGUCUCGCGCGUGGUCUCACACUUUACAUCGAGGGCGCUGAUCCGGCGCGAGCUUCUGUCCUGUCUCAAUUCGCUGUACGCUUUUUCUGCCCAGUAUGGUGGCCGAACUGCUCGGCUCUGGCCUUCUUGCCUGCGCGAGCUCCGCUGGUGCGCCAGUCUGGUCGUGUUCUGCUUCCGAGACGCGGGUGCCGCGUUUGACAGCAGGCUCACGAUGGUCGACGCAUCGUGGUGGGGCGUGGGGGUCACUCAGAAAACAUCGUCGUCAGCUGUUGCGCUGGAGUUAUCACGGUACAACGAGAGGUGGAGAUUCAGCAAGACUCAGGAGGGUGGCGUCUCACAUCGGUCCCUCGCCCUAAAGGCUCAGAGCUCUGGAGACCCCUUCGUGCCCGAGUCGGUCGCAACCUUCGAGAAUCCAGGGGGCUUCCAGGAGGUGAUCACGGACUUGGAGGAGGAUGAGGAGUUCGUCGUGUCGGGCUCCGCGUUCGAGGUGGAGGAGGUGACCCAGGUGGAGAAUGAGGAGUUCCCGGAGAUCCCAGAGGGCGUCUGGGCGGAGGGGUGGUACCCGGUCGUGUCGCACAGAUGGUGUCGUUCGGAACCUCAAGUCGUUCUCGAAGGUCGCGGGAUGGUGGUGGCUGUUCGGCAUAUCCUUCGGCGUCUCUCGUCCUUCAACCGGUGCCAUCUGUGCUUGGGCGAUUGUUUGGGAACGAUCCUGGCUGCCACCAAGGGGCGGUCUUCGCGCCCAGAGAUGGGGCGCAUCUGCCGGCAGCUGGCGGCCCUUUCGCUGGCUAGCGGCACUGCCUUCUUUUGGCGCUGGGUGCCUUGCGAGCGGAACUCCGCGGACCGCGCCUCCAGGAACCUGCCGGGCGUGGGCUAUGCUUCGUCGACAGCAGAUACCUGCUGCCCCGGUGCCAGUGGUGCUAGCCACGGCGCCCGUUCCGACGUCGGGCGGCCUCCUGGCGCGAGGCAGCCUGCCUUCGGGCCCCCGCCUGGCCUCGAGCAAGAGGCGAGCUGGGACCCCAGCGGGGCGGACUACUUCCUCGGUAGCGGCUUCGACAUUGGGGCUGGCCCUGGCGGCGGAGCCGCUGGGGCGGACGGCCCGUGCGAAGCGUCGGCGGACCAGGCCGUGAACAACAGGACGACGCUGGACUACCAGGCCCGAUACCACCGUUUCCUGACCUGGGCCGAGGCUGCGAGGCUCCCAGUGUCCACCAUCCCAGAGCUGGAGGAGACGCUCCUGGAAUACUUCAACGAGCUGUACUUCGAGGGCCACGACUCGCCGGACGGGUCGAAGCUGGCGGCCGCCGUGACCCACUUCCGGCUGGACCUGCUGCCGAAGCUGAUCAACAUGCCGCGCGUGCAGCGGGCGCUGAAGGGCUGGAAGUCCAUGGCGCCCCCCCGGGCUCGCCUGCCCCUGCCCUGGCCGGUGGUGGCGUGGAUGGCGGACUGGAUGGUGACGAACGGGUUCGAGGCGGCGGCGACGGCAACCGUGCUGGCCUUCAUCCUCUACCUGCGCCCCUCCGAGCUGCUGUCCCUGCGCGUGAUCUCGGUCGUGCGGCCGGUGAAGAGCGGGCCCUGGCACCUGAGCAAGUACUCCAUCCUCCUGUUCCCGGCCGAGCUCGAGGCGAGGUCGAAGACAAAGGACUACGACAUCAGCCUGCUGCUGGACAACCCAGAGUUCGGCUGGAUGGAGCAGGUGCUGGACCGGCUGGUGCUGGGCCGACACCCAGAGCAGCCGCUGUUCGCGCUGGGCAUGAAGUCAUGGACCCGAGCGUUCAGCCUCGCGUCCGCCGCCCUGGACCUGGAGAUCCUGGGCCCUCGGCUGCGCCGCGACUAUUGGCAGCACCCUAUGCAGAACUUGAGCUCGUGGGCCCACACCGCCAAGUCGAAGGUGUACCUGGAGAUCUUCAGUGGCUCCGGGAACUGGUCGCGUGCCAUGCGACACGGCCAGGCCUCUCGGCUGGCCCCACGUGUCUUCGAGCUGGACAUGGAGCACGAGCCCGCCCUGGGCGACCUCUCCAGGCGCAGCGUGCAACGUGUUGUUCGGGGUUGGCUUCGUGGGCAGCUGCUCCAGGGUGUGUGGCUGGGUAUGCCCUGCAGUUCCUGGUCCAUGGCGCGGAAUAGGCCCAACGGCCCCCCGGCCCUGCGUGAUGGGAACCAUCUGCUGGGACUCCCUGGCCUCUCGUCAGGCGACUCGCUCAAGGUGAUGCUGGGGAACAGGCUCGCGUGCUUCUCCUUCAGCUUCUUUCUGGAGUGCGCCCUGCGUGGGGUCCCAGCGGCAAUCGAGAACCCGGCCACCUCGUGGGUGUGGCAGACCAAGUGGGCGGUACAUGCCGCCAAGCAGACCAACGUGAAGGCGCCGCGCAAAGCCCUCGAGGGCAAGGCGCCGUCGG